UAGUUGGGACUUAUUCUUUUGUCCCUGUGGCUAUCAUUAAUAAAAGAGGAGGGUUAGUAGGAGAAAGUAAAAGAUGCUAAUUUGAUGCCGUCUUGAGCGGUGGAUUUAUUUGGACUUGAAAAACUUCCAUGACAAUAAAAUUCAACAUGAAAGCGCUUCAAGUCUUGUGGCAUCUUAUGAUUCUGGCAACGACACCAUUCAACAAUACCGAAGAAAAUUUAAACGUUACGUCUUCAGGAAUAGAGAGGCCACUUUCUUCCGACGUACCCGAUGCAUCUACAUUUGAACCAAAUGAUGUUGCGGAAGGAUGCCGAGAAAUGUCCUUGCACAAGUGUGGGAGCAACGUAGUGCGUGUGUUUCAGCUUCUAGACUACUUGCCAUUGGGUAAAUCAUUCGACGCAAAAUGCGCUCUUAGAAAAGAGUUCUUCAAGUGUAUGGAAGCUGAAGAAACACCUUGCAAGAAACGCGUAUGGCGUCUUGGCGACUCUAAUUUCCGCAGAAGGCUCUUGAGAAGCCUGUGGUCUACACGAGGUUGCGUUCUACGACUCCUGCCCAAUGGAACUCACGUUUAGCGUCCUAUUCUGGAACACUCACACAGUUAACUCCUGAUUAUUCGCGGGGGCGGAUUUUCAAAGUAAAUUAAAUGCACUUGUUUUCACAUAACAAGUGCAAAAUAUGUUUUUAGGUACACCUGUUUCUUUUUUUCCUUUCCCUUCGAAUCUUCAAACCUUCCAAGGUCAUCGGAACAUGACUAUUGCAAAGGUCUACAAUACUUUUUUAGAUUUACACUACGAGUACUUUCUGAUGUCUAGAUUUGCAUUUCUAAUUGAAACCCGAUUUUUGAUCUGAAUCAUUGAUAUUUAGGUCUACACUACCUACCUGAUUUUUAAAGCUACACUAAUUACUGAUUUUUAGGUUUACACUAAUUACUGGUUUUUAAGUCUACACUAAUUACUGAUUUUUAGGUAUACACUAAUCACUCUUUUUUUUUUUUUGGUCUACACUAAUUACUGUUUUUUAGAUCUACUCUACUUACGCGCGUAAACGAGUGACCGGACCAGUUUUGAUUGAAAAAAUUUCUCUUCCCUUCACGGUUUUGGUGUAACUUAGGUAACUUAGCUUGAUGUGUUUCAGUUGAUCUGCUUGCACGAUUUGAUCGUGUAUGUGUGCAACUCGUUUGAAAAAAUGAGCAAUCCUUUUUUUAAGCUUUUAUAUACAUUUUUUACAUAGAUUAGCAUCGCUUUUAGCUGUUGCUUAAAUGUGUGCCAGUGUUAUUGAUUUUUAUGCUACUGUUUACCCUAGCGUCGUUUAUUUUUAAACCUAUUUUAUGGAUUAAACGCGAAAUGCGCUUAUUCCCGGUCACCGUGCCACCCUAUUCCGCGAACAACCAGGAGUAGUAUAAAGAAAGCACUUCCGAAGUGACGUCAUUUUACAGAAAUGAAACAUCUCACUAUACGACAUUAUCAUGGAGAGGCUGAUAGUGGAUGCAACAGCGACACUGCUACAAAGUACGACUCGGAACUGAAUUUUCAUUCAUAACCUUUUACAUUCAUAUUUUUUUACUUUCCUUUUUCAUAUGUAUCAUCUACAAGACGGGAAACUCGCACAAUAUCUGUGUUGGGACAGAUGGCCACCAAGUUCUAAUAAAAGAAAUCUUGGAAUUUGUA